CGCCCUUCUACACUCCUUCCUCUCCUCGCUCUGCUCCGCUCUGCUGUGACUGCAGCCUGCGGCGCUCACGUGACUGCACAGCGCUUCAUUACGGAAGUGUGAGUGUUCGUGGAGUGGAGAGAAGUUCUCGAUGCCUCUCAGCGAAAGAGUCGUGUGUGUGUUUGGAGUGACAGAGAGACACACAAUGAAGCUCGGCUGAUCUGACAGACGACAACAGCAGGCAUGAAGUGCCUUCUGGUGGCUACUGAAAGUGCAGAGGUCCUUUUUUACUGGACUGACCCUGAGUUUGAGCACAACGUCCAGGAGCAAUAUGGGGCUUCUCAAGAAGAGGGCGGAAGACCACCAGCAUUUGAGGAUAGCAUCAACACACUGUUUGCUCCAAUCAUCAUCUCUUGUAGCACCAUGGUUGACAGACUGGGGGAUGGCUACACCUCGUUCAGCACAGAGAACAAUCACGUCUAUGUGCUCCAUCAGUUUGAGGAGUGCCUGUAUAUUGCUGUGAAUGGGGAUGGAGAAGAGAGUGAGGAGGAUCUAAGGAGGAAGAUCUACGUGAUGAAGAAACUUACAGAGAUCCUGUUUGGGAUGGUAACACUCAGCAGCUCCCUCUUAAGGAAAGAAUUGCGCCCUCAAGACACGGAGCAAAGAAACCGUGUGUGGAAGAAACUGCAGAGACUCCUGGAAACAUACAGCCGCUUACGAGAACAGGACCAAAGUUUCCUAGUUGAGGCGGUGGAGAGGUUGAUCCACCCUACACUAUGUGAACAGUGCAUAGAGUUUCUAGAGCGAAAGCUGGUGCAGCAGAUCAACAGCAGUGUGGAGAGAGCAGGAGAGGAGGUGCUGCAUGCCUUCAUACUCGUGCAUACCAAACUGCUGGCCUUUUACUCCAGCCGUAAUGCCAGCACUCUCACCACUUCUGACCUGCUGGCCUUGAUCAUAAUGGUGCAGGACCUCUAUCCCAGCAGCUUCGACCUUGAUGAUACUUCCCCUGAGGAGUUGGACAUUACUUCAGCUCCUGACAUUUUUUAUACACCAGAGCACUCUCCCAGUGACCAAGACUCAGGGCGACUGAGCAGUGACAGCCCUCCUGUCUUCCAGUUUGUGGAUCCUGACGUUCAGAUGGCAGAAGACAGUCUUCAGACUCUUGAAAUGCCUGUCCUUGACCCUAUGACCCCUUCCCGAGUAUUCUUGGAAGCCACACUGAAGGAGGGCUUCUUUCCCAUGAUGCCUCAUUCCAUGUACUGUUUACCUCUGUGGCCAAGUAUUACUCUAGUGCUGCUGACCAAGAUCCCUAACAGUCAGGUGGCCAUGUCUGUGUAUGUGUUUCUGGAGGCCUUUGCUAAGCUGGAAAAAAGGCUGAGUGAAGGGUUGGAAGGGGCAGCAGCCACAAGGGGCCAACUCCCAAUCCAGGAACUCCGUAACAAACUAGACAAGUUCAUCAGAGUGCUGGCCAGCAUGGAUGUCCAGACCUCCCAUCUUCAGAAUGUUUGGUCAGAGUUCAAGAACAAGGCAUUCACCCGAUCAGGACCCGGCAUCACCAGACCGUUGGUGCCCUCGUGUCAAAGCAUGAAGACACAGCUGUGUGCCGUGUACCGGCAGUGUUUUGCAGCCGAGUGUAUGGGAGUUAACCAGCGACUGGCCCCUGCUGUUCAAGAGCGAGCUCUGAACAUGGUGCAAGAAAAGCUGAUGGACUGGAAGGACUUUCUGUUGGUGAAGAGCAAGAGAAACAUCACCAUGGUUUCUUACCUGGAGGAGUUCCCUGGUCUUGUGCAUUUCAUUUAUGUGGAUCGCACUGCAGGGCAAAUGAUUGCCCCAUCUCUGAAUGUGACUGACCGCACUGCUUCAGAACUUGGAAAGGGCCCCCUAGCGCACUUUAUUAAAAACAAGGUAUGGCGUUUUGUUGCAACCACAAGACGUUAUUUACAAAAAGGCUAUACCACUGUGACUCUGCGAGAUGGAGACUACUUCUUCUGCUACUUCCUGUGGUUUGAGAAUGAGACGGGUUACAAGCUGGAAGUGGUAGAUAUACCUAGCCUUCCUGAUGACUCCGCUCCUAUAGGAAUGCUCGCCUUGGAUUAUUAUAGGAAGCUGCUGCGCUUCUACAGUAAGAGCCACCAGAGUGAGGUGGUGAAGUGCUAUGAACUACUGACCGUGCACCUGGGGGUGAUCCCCACUGAGUACAUCCUGCAGCACUGCAGCCAGCUGGCCCGGAAGCUGUGGGAGCCCUCCCGCAUUCCGCUCCUAUAAGCUGCUCCCUGUGCUUCCUCUGUGGCGGACCGUCCGACUGCUCCUCCAGCAGGUUCCCUCAUCAGCACUGGGAGCAUGCUGAGGCCAUCUUUACUCCACAUCUGCUGGAAUGCUAUGCAGUGAUAUACCCUCAGCACUCUCCUGUAUAUUUUCCAGUCUGUUUCUCUAAUGUUCUCCAUUACCUGUGCUGAGCUGGGCCUGCACCAUCAAUCCACGGCCCUUAUCUUUAUGUGGCUUUGACAAAUUCUUUUUGAUUGUGUAAAAGUUCUCAUGAAGCCUCUUUCUCAAACUGUUGUAUUAACAUGUCCUGAACAUAGAAGUGUCAGGAAGUUCUCACCUCCCUGUUUUGCAAUAAUACUGAGCACACUGCACCCAUUUUACUGUUACUGGAAGAAAAUAGCUGUGUAUUUAAGGAAAUUCUCACCAUGUUAGUUCUUCUGUGUAUUUUAUGUAAAAACACUUUCCUAAGAACAUUUUAUAAAUCUUACUGUAUGUAGCUUUAAACGACGAUCAAGUUAAUCGCCAGCAUUACAGCACAGCUGGCUACACGUGUACCUUUGACCUCAUAUUCAGAUGUACAUUAAGCCCACCUUUAAGAAG